UCUCACCUCACCUCUAAUGCCUUCCCCGCCAAAUCCCGCCACUCUUCCCCGCCAAAUUCCACCGUUGCUCUCACCUCACCUCUAAUGCCUUCCCGCCACUCUUCCCCGCCAAAUCACUCCCAUACCUUGUUCCUCCCCUCAAAGUCACGUUCCCUCUCUCGAUUCUUCUCUCCUCGCGUCGCCAUGGACUUCUCCGCCAUUGCUUCCAGGCUCCGCCUCUCGGGCUCCAAGACCCUAAUCCGCAAGGCUAAGGAGCUUCGCCGCCUCUCAGACGUGCAGUUCGAUUCCUCCAUCACCGGUGUUGUGAGAUAUUUGUGUCUUCCCUUCCUCCAUGAUCCCUCUUUCUUGUUUACAUCUAAUAAACUCGUACUGUUCGAACAGGGCGAGGUUGCCAAGGCCAUCAUCUUCUUGGAGCUUGCAGCAUCGAGGUUUGACGUGGUGUUUGAUCGGCAAGCCGCGAUAAAGAUGAGCGGGAUGUCAGAAAAGGCUUACAUGAGGUCGCUUAACUCCAUGCAGAAUGGAAUAGGAUUCAGGCCAAGUCUGGAUGUUCGGCAGCUUGGCGUUCAGUUUGGUUGUGUUAGGCUCAUCCCGUUUGUGCAGAAGGGAUUGUCUCUCUACAAGGACCGAUAUGUGGCAGCAAUGCCACCUUCCCGUCGAUCCACCACUGAUUUCAAUCGUCCAGUAUUUACAGCAGUUGCCUUCUAUUUGUGUGCUAAAAGACAUAAGCUGAAGGUUGAUAAGUUGAGGUUGAUUGAGUUAUGUGGCACUUCUCAAUCUGAGUUUUCUACUGUUUCGACUUGUAUGAGUGAUCUCUGCUUCGAUGUUUUUGCAAUUUCAAAAGAAAAGAAAGAUAUUAAGCUUGUGAAGAGUCAUAGAGAGCUUUUUGAUGCCUUGCCCAGAAAAAGGAGACUCGACAAUCACUGUGAUGCCCCUUCUCAUGAUUCUUCUGAGCAUGAUCUAUCAUUCAACCAGAGAUACAAAAAGAUAAAGAAGCAAUCUUACGAGAACUUGAAGGUUUCAGUUAUUUCCUCUAACAAUUCUUGAACUAUACAAGCUUGUGCUUCGGCAGUUUUCCUCAAGUUGAAGAAACAGGCAAAGCUCAAUUUCAUUACCAAAUCUCCGGCUUCAAUAUCAUUAGAUGCUACUAUAUAAUUGAAGAAUUGAGAUUGUUAAAACUUUUAUAACUUCAUCAAGUCAUUUUAUGCAGUCAAAUUGGUUUUUUAUUUUAUAAGUUGAUGUAAUUGGGUUUUCAUGUUUGAGACAAUCAUUUGUUUACCAUUGAUUCAGCUCAAACCUCA